AUGCCGUCGACCGUGGGCCUUGCCGGCAGAGCUCCUGCUCUGCUCCGACAUGGUCGACGAGUCCCCAUUCCCACGUCCGCCUCGGCCAGGACGUUCACCUUGGGAGGUCUGAACGCAUUCGCGCAAGCUCAGACCCAGAUCAGGAAUCAGAGGUACACCCAGAAGCGUUCGUUCACUCGGACUGCUAUCAGGGCGAGCACUGCAGCUGCCCAGCCUGCUCCCGAUGCGAAGGCCUACCUCGACAGUGGAGUCAUAAAGCCCCAUGAGCACGUCGACGUCAAGAAGGUCCUGGUUAUUGGAAGUGGUGGUCUUGCCAUUGGUCAAGCCGGAGAGUUCGAUUACUCGGGAUCGCAAGCUCUCAAGGCUCUCAAGGAGGCUGGUGUCGCCUCUGUCCUUAUCAACCCCAACAUUGCUACUAUCCAGACGAACCACAGCCUCGCCGACGAGGUCUACUACCUCCCCGUCACCCCUGAGUAUGUCACCUACGUUAUCGAGAAGGAGCGUCCCGAUGGUAUCUUCCUGUCUUUCGGUGGCCAGACCGCCCUGAACCUCGGUGUUCAGAUGCAGCGGAUGGGUCUUUUCGAGAAGUACGGUGUCCGUGUCUUGGGUACCAGCGUCCGCACUCUCGAAGUCAGUGAGGACCGUGACCUUUUCGCAAAGGCACUCGACGAGAUCAACAUCCCUAUUGCCAAGUCCAUUGCUGUCAGCACUGUUGAUGAAGCGCUCGACGCUGCCAAGAAGAUUGGCUACCCUAUCAUCGUUCGUGCCGCCUAUGCUUUGGGUGGUCUCGGUUCCGGUUUUGCCAACAACGAGGAGGAGCUGAGGAAUAUGUCCGCUCGGUCGCUGACCCUCUCGCCGCAAAUUCUGGUCGAGAAGUCCCUCAAGGGCUGGAAGGAGGUCGAGUACGAGGUCGUCCGUGAUGCCAACAACAACUGCAUCACUGUCUGCAACAUGGAGAACUUCGACCCUCUUGGUAUCCAUACCGGUGACUCGAUCGUUGUCGCACCCAGUCAGACUCUGAGUGACGAAGAGUACCACAUGCUCCGGUCUGCAGCUAUCAAGAUCGUUCGGCAUCUAGGUGUCGUUGGAGAGUGCAAUGUUCAGUAUGCUCUGCAGCCGGAUGGACUUGACUACCGUGUCAUCGAGGUCAACGCUCGUCUUUCGCGAUCGUCCGCUUUGGCAUCCAAGGCUACUGGAUACCCCCUGGCUUACACGGCUGCCAAGAUUGGUCUCGGACACAGCCUGCCUGAGCUCCCCAACGCCGUUACCAAGACCACUACGGCUAACUUCGAGCCUUCUUUGGACUACAUUGUCACCAAGAUUCCUCGAUGGGAUCUUUCCAAGUUCCAGCAUGUCAAGCGCGACAUUGGUAGUGCUAUGAAGUCUGUUGGUGAGGUUAUGGCUAUCGGCCGAACAUUUGAGGAGUCGUUCCAGAAGGCCAUCCGCCAGGUCGACCCCAAGUUUGUUGGCUUCCAAGGCGACAAGUUCGCCGACCUCGACUUCGAGCUUCAGAACCCUACCGACCGCCGAUGGCUCGCCGUUGGACAGGCCAUGCUCCACGAGAACUACUCGGUCGAGAAGGUUCAUGAGCUGACCAAGAUCGACAAGUGGUUCCUGUACAAGCUGCAGAACAUUGUCGACUGCACCCGUGAGCUCCAGCAUGUGGGCAGCCUCCAAGGUCUCAAGAAGGAUCACAUCCUCAAGGCCAAGAAGCUGGGUUUCUCUGAUAGGCAGAUCGCCAUGGCCGUCGGCAGCACUGAAGAUAAGGUCCGUGCUGCUCGUCUCGACUUUGGCAUCCGACCCUGGGUGAAGAAGAUCGAUACCCUGGCUGCCGAGUUCCCUGCCGAUACCAACUACCUCUACACCACCUACAAUGCCUCGACUCAUGACGUUGAGUUCAACGAUAACGGAAAGAUCAUCCUGGGCAGUGGUGUCUACCGGAUUGGUAGCUCCGUCGAGUUCGAUUGGUGUGCUGUCGGUGCCACGGCUGCCCUUCGCCAACUCGGAGAGAAAACGAUUAUGAUCAACUACAACCCAGAGACCUAUAGCACAGAUUUCGACACUGCCGAUAGGCUCUACUUUGAGGAGUUGAGUUAUGAACGUGUGACCGAUAUCGCGGAGUUGGAGUCUGCGUCGGGCGUUGUUGUGUCUGUCGGCGGGCAAUUGCCCCAGAACAUUGCCCUUCGACUUCAGGAGACUGGCGGCCUGAACGUCCUCGGCACUGACCCCCGCGAUAUCGAUAAGGCUGAGGAUCGUCAAAAAUUCUCCGAAAUUCUUGACAGCAUCGGUGUCGACCAACCUGCGUGGAAGGAGCUAACCUCUGUUGCGGAGGCCGAGAAGUUCGCAGAGGAAGUUGGCUACCCUGUCCUGGUCCGACCUUCCUAUGUCCUGUCUGGCGCUGCCAUGACGGUCAUUCGCAGCCGAGAUGAACUCAAGGACAAGCUUGAGGCUGCCGCAGACGUCUCACCCGACCACCCAGUCGUUAUCACCAAGUUCAUCAAGGGAGCUCAAGAAAUCGAUGUGGAUGGUGUCGCUUCCCAGGGCAAGCUCAUUGUCCAUGCUGUCAGUGAGCACGUCGAGCAAGCUGGCGUCCACUCUGGUGAUGCCACUCUGGUGCUUCCCCCAGCCAACCUUGACGAGGUCACUAUGGAGCGCGUCAAGGAGAUUGCUGAGAAGGUUGCCAAGGCGUGGAAGAUCACUGGCCCCUUCAACAUGCAAAUCAUCAAGGCGGACGAUCCCGAGGGGCACCUUCCUGCGCUCAAGGUUAUUGAGUGCAACCUCCGUGCCUCUCGUUCUUUCCCCUUCGUGAGCAAGGUUCUGGGUACCAACUUCAUUGAUAUCGCUACCAAGGCUCUUGUUGGUAAGGACGUCCCUGAGCCCAUGGACCUGAUGAAGGUCAAGCGCGACUACCUUGCCACGAAGGUACCCCAGUUCUCCUGGACUCGACUUGCUGGUGCCGACCCCUUCCUUGGUGUCGAGAUGGCCAGUACUGGUGAGAUGGCCUGUUUCGGAAAAGACCUCGUCGAGGCCUACUGGACCUCCCUUCAGUCCGCCAUGAACUUCCGCGUUCCUGAGCCCGGUGAGGGUAUCCUCUUCGGCGGCGAGCUGUCCAAGCCCUGGCUCACCACGAUUGUCGACUAUCUGUCGCCCAUGGGCUACAAGCUCUUCGCUGCCGACAAGGAGGUCAAGGAGUUCCUCGAGUCGACUGCCAAGGACAACAUCAAUGUGGAGGUCAUUGAGUUCCCCAAGGAGGACAAGCGUGCUCUCCGCGAGGUCUUCAAGAAGUAUGACAUCAAGGGCGUCUUCAACCUGGCCCAGGCCCGUGGCAAGACCAUCAUGGAUGUCGAUUACGUUAUGCGCCGCAACGCCGUCGACUUUGGCGUCCCGUUGUUCAUGGAGCCGCAGACCGCCAUGCUCUUUGCCCAGUGCAUGAGCGAGAAGCUGCCGCGCAAGGAGGGUAUCCCCACUGAGUUGAACGAGCAAAAGCCAACCAUAUGGAGGGUUGAGUGUGUCAGACAGACACCAUGUCUGACACUGAACUUCAAGGGCUGUGCCGCGGCUGCUUCUGGAAACAGGUCCUUUGCCCCUACUGCUCGUAGCCCUGGCAGCUUUACCUCCAGCACUGAUCGAGGAAUCCCCUCCGUCAUGUCGCCUCCACCACCACCCAAGCCCAAGAAGCCCGCAGGAAACAGGUUCAAGCUUCAAUCGAGCAGGUCCUCUCUCGGUGCGUUUCCUCAAGCUUUGCCUGCAAUGUCAGCGGCCCGCACGGCCCUGCGUUCACCGGCCUCUAUGCCAGAGGCAACCUGUCUCUUGAGCAAUGUUGUUCUCCCAUUAUCUGAGGCGGUUAUAAUUGAAAUAAUCAUCUAUCUACUAGCAGUAAAUGUGGACAACAUAGAACUUGCAUUGGAACUCACAAGAGAUGGCUUCGACCACGGUUGA